GUUUUGUAAUCAGGUGAACAUGAUUGGUGAACAUGGUGAACAUAACUUUAGUAUAACCUUUCGUAUUCGUAAUUGUCCGUUUCAGCUUUGCGUGCUGUGUGUAACUUGUGUCGAGAUGUGUUCGUGUUGGCUGCUUUAGCUCGGGAAACUAAGUAUUGGCUUAUAAUCCAGUCGAUACAGAGUGGGUUGAAACGCAAGACGCCAAGAUCUAUAUGUCUGAUAUGUGUUAUUCCGCUUUCUUCACUAGACGAGGUCGCCGACACUUGCUUAAAACGACACUUAAAAUUGUUUUCGUACUUGCAGUGGUGUUUGUGUUGAACCAUAUUAGGCAAAACAGUCACGGGCAUUACGAUCAAGAACAAUCUACAAAGAUAUCUGUGUGGACCGCAUUUUUAACAAGUGUUAACUUCUCAGAGGCCCAUGAUAACCCUUCGAUUCAACCUUUUCUGGAAAACCCUUGAGAGACUGCAAGCAAAAUAAACAAAGAAAGAACUAGCUUCUCUGAGGAUACUGAGAGGAAAAACUCCUUGGAGGGAAUUAACCAACUAGAAAUUGACUUCAUGGCCAAGCACAUUCAAGUCCAUGUUGAAUUUCUAUCAAAGACAGAAGCAGUGAUUACAAUUUCUAAUAAAGGUGCUAGAAUUAUCAGGAACCGUGGAUGGACUAUAUACUUUUCUUUGAACACAUGGUUUAUACCACAUCUACAACAAGUUGGUGUAGAGGAACAUAACACCCUCACUUUUGAACAUGUUGUGGGACAUGUGUAUAAGAUGGAGCCAGUUAAUUAUAACAAUCCUUUUUCGCCUGCAGCUUCUCUUAAAUGCUCAAUAAGAGCACUGCCACUUCAUCUUUGGUCUCGUCAUAUAAUCUCACCAAACUGGUACAUUGCUUCUAAAGGUCUAGAGCCAAGAACAAUAGUUUCUACAGCUAAUGAAGACCUCCCUUUUGUUUCUACUUCUGAUCCUUUGAGUAAUGUUCGCCAUAGUGUUGAUGGUCCAAAGGAUUUGGGACAUGCCCCUUUACUUGUCAUUCCUUCGCCAUCCAAAAUAUCAAGAGAUGAGAAUCCUCAGUUUAUGUUUAUUAACAAGGAAUGGACAGUGUCUGGAGACAAGGGGCUACAGAAUGAGUUGCAAUUUUUGUCAGAUAAACUUGGAUUAAAAGUAUCUUCAUCCAUCGACUCAAGUUCAAAAACCAUUUUAUUGACCCUGGCACCAGUGGCUUUUGAAUCAAACCAGGAUCAGUCUCCCUCUACUGCAAACGAUUCGUACAGUCUUGAAGUUGGUGAUUCCAAGGAAUUGAUCACCAUAACUGGCCAAAGCAGUAGCGGAGUGUUUUACGGUAUUCAGACUCUGUUGGCACUCAUGAACGAAAGGGGCGAAGUUACGGCGGUUUCUAUCAAAGACUCUCCACGUUUUUCGUACCGCGGGUUGAUGGUGGAUGUUGCUCGUAAUUUUAAAUCUAAGCAGGACAUUAUGAAGGUUUUGGAUGCCAUGGCGAUGUAUAAGAUGAACAAGUUUCAUUUUCAUUUGUCAGAUAGCGAGGGAUGGAGACUGGAAAUUCCUGGACUCGAAGAGCUAACAACGAUUGGGUCAAGGAGAUGCUUCGAUUUGCAAGAGAAGAAAUGCAUCAUGACGCAACUCGGUUCAGGCGUCGACACGAGCACCUCGGGCACUGGGUUCUACUCUACUGAAGACUAUCGCGAAAUACUUCGUCACGCAGCACGACGCCACAUUCAAGUGAUUCCAGAGUUCGACUUACCGGGCCACAGUCAUGCUGCUGUGAAAAGCAUGAGAGCUCGUUUUGACCGACUUGUACAAGAAGGGAAAGAUAAAGAAGCGAAUAGAUUUCUUCUCAGUGAUUUCAAUGACAAAUCUUCGUAUACCACCAUUCAAGGUUUUAGUGAUGACACCGUUAAUCCUUGUAUAAAUUCCACGUACACAUUUCUCGAUUUCAUAUUAUCAACUUUAUCUCGUCUCCAUAGUGACAUACAGCCGCUGACUUUUUAUCACUUUGGAGGCGACGAGGUUCCAAAUGGAGCCUGGGUAAAUUCCCCUGAGUGUCAGAAGAUGGGACAUAGGUUAACCAAACGCUACUUAAUGGACGUUUUUGUGGAAGGUGUUUCCCGUAUCACACGCAAGCACGGUCUAAAUAUUGGGGGCUGGAGCGAUUCAUUUUCCACCGUUGCAGACGGCAACAUGGCCAUCGGGUUGAAAAAAACCAUAAUUAAGAAUGAGAAUGCUGUGGCGUAUUUUUGGGGAGCUAAUUUUGAAGAAGAGACAAUAUCAAGACUUUUAAGAGGAGGUUACAAGGUCGUGUUAACCCCAGCAAGAUUUCUUUACUUUGAUCAUUCACAAGAACAUGACUUCAAUGAGCGGGGAUUAAAUUGGGCAGAAAAAUAUACUGACAUCAGAAAGACAUUUGGAUACUCGCCGCCAGGCAAUCAGAACAUUCUCGGACUGGAAGGAACAAUGUGGGGUGAAUUGAUCCGUACCGCUGACCAGAUGCACAGCAUGAUUUUUCCUCGACUAUUGGCUGCGGCUGAACGCGCGUGGCAUAAAGGAUCCUGGGAAGACCUGUGGGGUGAAGAAAGGCAAAAGCAACUAGAUGAAGACUGGGUCAACUUUGCCAACACGCUCGGCCACAGGGAACUGGUUCGACUCGAUAAGAUAGGUGUCCCGUACCGCGUACCACCUCCCGUAGCAAGAAUUGUCUGCAAAGCUGCUUGCAAUAAGCUGCACGUGACAACUGAGCUGCCCGGCCUUAAAGUUGAAUACUCCAAAGAUGAUGGUCUUACUUGGAAUGACGUCACACCGGAAACGGAAGUGAACGAGAGGAUAAAGCUCAGGACCAGAUCGGCCGACCAAAACCGGUUUAGCAGAGUGAUCAACUUAGACCCAUCUCAAGGCUCCAGCGAUAACUUACCACAGUGAUGUUGAGUUGGUGGUGGCCCUUACAACACUCUCCUUCAAACAAGCCUUGUUUACCACGGCCAACGGAGACCCAUUAUCGUUGCUCCAAGAUUGAACAAGUACCAACCUGAAAAGAGACACAAAUAUCGACGGCAGAAUAAGCAAUAACUGUUAUUUCAUAAAUGACAGGAAACCUGCCCACGUACUUGAGGUUAACGCGCUUAGAAGGAGGAAUGGAGAGCAAGGAUGAAUGCAAAAGUCCCCGAUACAAACCUUUGUAGAUAGGUCGAAGUUAUCUCGUUUGAGUUUCUGUUUUUCAACAGACUGUAGACUUAUUUUAUUACAUUCUACUAUCUUCACUCCGUCAGAUUUUAAACUUUUUGUAGGACACUUUAUCAGCACUGUAUUUAUAAUACGUCUUUUGCAUACCA